AUGGCUCACACGGACCUUGACGCGCACAUCAACAGUGCAGGGGGACUGCAAGGAAAACAACAGCUGACAGCUCUUUGCUUCAAUCGACAGUCUACCCGGGAACCACACCUUCCAUCUAAUACCUACAUCCUCGUCUGGCCCAGUCCUCUGCGCAAAUACGAUCGCUACGACGACGAAGAAGAAGACGACGACGACGACUCCCUCUACUCUACUAGUCUAUCGCUACCAUAUCUAACAAUGAUGUCCAAUCCUCCUCUAUCCGGCGUCGCCCGCCCACGACAGCGGCUACAUCGGCGUCAAAAUUCGACUCCAUCCGCCUUUGAGGCUGUCAAGAUCGCUCCCUUGCCGACUUUCCCACAACAACAGCAUCAACGCCCUCACAUGGGCCAUCGACGAGGCGUUAGCCUGGAUACCAGGCGUCACCCUCUCAUGUCUUCAACAAUCACAACCACGUCCCAGCAAGACUACUCAACCCUUGUCAGCACGACGGGCCCAGACACAGGAAUACCCACGAGUCUGCCAGCGGCACCACAGGAUAUCCUAGCACAACAGCAACACCAGGCGCACCUUAUAGCACGCCCUAGCUCCAGCCAAACCGACUACAGUGACCUGUCGAGUGACAGCGGCGACUCGUUUCUACUAUCGCCCCAUGGCACACCACAUCAACGAAACCACUUCAUGGAUGGAUUGGCCUCGCAGGGCCCGAUACCCGAACUGUCUCUGUCCUACGAUACCUACAUAGAUCCCAACUUUGACGCCAUGAUGAAGAGGAACCAGGUCAGCUAUGACAGCAACAACAAUAAUGUCAUGGCUUCAUCAUCCUCCGCAACCCCAAAUUUUGACUUUUUUGCCUCGGAGGCGGCGCUCUCUACUCCGAACUUUAUGAGCUUUCCAGACCAAAGCCCCGCAGGGACGGGACAAGGAGGCUGGAUAUCAGAGGGCGAGGCAUCCAACACCCAGUUGCGCCGAGCGUCAAGGCGGUACGAGCCUAUGGCGAAUGGGCAGAGGCCAGAAACACCUCCCAUGCACAAUGCCGCAGGAUUCUAUCCCCCAACACCCAUGGAAACGCCACACGAUCGCUUCAUGAAACAACAAGCAACACAGCAGCAGCAACAGCAGCAACAGCAACAGCAACAGACACUAAGGCCCAGCAGGUUUGCAGACGAUUACGACGAGUCGAUGGAGGAAACACUCAAACCCAUACGAGGGCACCGAAGCAAUCGCAACUCGGGCAUUUUCCAGGAACUGCGCCAGCAGGCGGAGGCUAUGGCUGCUGCUGCACCUGCAACGUCCCAAGCCGACAGCAUGCCCACGACCUUCCAAUCGCACACGCUUCCUGCAGCUCAAGACGAAGACUUGUUGAGGAUCCACUCUGACUUCAUCAAGCUGGAGCAUGGUUUCACUUUCCCUGACAUGGGGUCGCAGAUGGGGCCACAGAUGGGAUCGCAGAUGCAGGGUCUUGGGGGGAUGAGCCCUUUCGACAACAAGCCAGACCUUGGACCUCCAUCAGAAUAUGGCGAUGCUGAUCCACAAGCCUCCAGUCGCCAGAGUUCAGUUUCUCCCUCGCGCCGCGGCUCCCCGCACCGAAGAACCGACUCGAUUGCCUCCAUCGCCAGUGCUGCCAGCAUUGCUAGCAUCAACAUUGAAGAGACUAAGACCGAAACUGGCGUGACUCUCGACGACAUUGCCCAGUACAUUGAAGGCCCCGAUCCCGCCGAUGGCAAAUGGGUAUGCACGUACGAAGACUGUCGGAAACGGUUCGGCCGCAAAGAAAACAUCAAGAGCCACGUACAGACACACCUUAAUGACAGGCAAUACCAAUGUCCAACCUGUAAAAAGUGCUUUGUGCGCCAACACGACCUCAAACGCCACGCCAAGAUCCACACGGGCAUCAAGCCAUACCCAUGCGAAUGCGGUAACAGCUUCGCGCGGCAUGAUGCACUCACACGACACCGGCAGCGGGGCAUGUGCGUUGGUGCUUUUGACGGCAUCGUGCGUAAGGUGGUCAAGCGUGGCCGGCCACGGAAGAACAGGCCGGAUAUGGAGGAGAGAAAGGACAAGAGCGAUCGCACGAGAGAUCGGUCAAGGAGCCAUCAUUCGACCAGCAGCUCCGUCAGCAGCUUUUCAGGCUAUUCCGAUAGCUCGGUGCCCAACUCUCCCGGGAACGACUACGAUCAUAUAAUCGACGACGAACAGUUUCCGGGCUUGUUGGAUAUGCCAAUGGGAAAUGUUCCAAAUCUGCCGCCGAGCAUUGUAUCGGGUCAUGCGGGUCAUGGGCAUGGUGCGAUGCCUAGUUCAUCGACGAUGAACCCGGCUGUAGCUACCAUGUCGGUAUCAUCAGUGUCUUCAGCGCCCAUGCCGAGCUUCGAUCCGAGGGUUAAUGAAGUCAUGAACGUGGACUCACCAGCAUCGAGAAACUACGCCAAUUCGCCGUCAGCCGUGAGUAGCUAUAGUCAUGCUAGCCACCCGUCGAUAUCGAUUACCGAACAUCACGGACCAGGGUCGGAUUUUGGGCUUCCCGGAUCCCAGAAUGCUGCAUCGCCAGCCAAGAGUGCUGUGAGUCACUAUACGCCGCCGGAGUUGUCGAGUAGCUCGUCACCACCCACGCAUACCCAGCAGCAACAAGGCAGUCAGGGACCAACGUACUACGAUAUGGAUCCUAGUCAUGGUGGCAUGUCCAACAUUCCAGGUCCCCCCACGAGCAUGGGGAUGGGCGCGGCGGUCGGUCCCACCCACGUCGAUCCAACGAACAUGCUUCUACAUGGGUAUGAGCAUCAAAUGGAUCAGAACUUGAUGCUCGGGAACUUGGACGGUACGACCAAAUUCGAGGUUAUGGAGGGGUACGAUGCAGCGGCCGAAGUAAAUAUGUUUGGAGAUGCUCAUGAAGGCGAUGGGAGUGGUCAUGGUGGGAGUAAUAUGUACUUUGGGUCAUGA